AAUGUCUUGGACGGUGCAUGAUCGACACGUCUACAUCGGACGCAAGCUGUCAGUCUACAUGAAUUGCCGCCUUGUUGAUCAAUCGGCCUUGUCUGAUGAUCCCCUUGGCCACCUACGUAACAGCAAUCUAUCUAUCCGUACCUAUGUCCGGAGUAUCCGUAGUUAGUUCAAUAUGUCUUGCGGCAAACCCACCCGGCCUGCUGCAGAGACGAGCACUACGCUGCGCCUCCGGCUAUGUCGUCGUCGUCCGAUGUCAAGAGGGACGGUAGUACCUACUCCGGAAUAAUCCAUACCUAAUAACCAACUAGGUAGGUA